CGCGCACCCUGAUUUCCGUCGCUGUUGGCCAGGCGCGUACAGGCGCUAGGAUCCAGCAUGUAACCCCUCAUAGUACCCCCACCACUACGGAGCUUCCCCCUCUUUUGACAGCUUCGCGACACUGCGCAACGUGGGCGCGACAGUCCGACCACCAUAUCGCAUUGCGAAGAAGGCUGUAGUAGGAGCUUCCUAUACUGUACAAAGCGCCCGCUCGAGAGUCCACACAAUUUGUGGGCCGCAUCGAGAUGCGGGAACGCACAUGGAUGACGUACCCUUGUAUCAUCGGCUGCUUGAGCGGUUCGGUAGCUGGAGAGCUCCUCACCUUAUCUCCCCACGUCGUUACACAACAUCGUUGACAUAACCGUCUCCUCAAUUUGCUAUAUCUUCCACAAUGGCUUUCUCAUCUCGUCUUGCGGUUUCUGCCAGGUUGGCUUCUCGCACAUUUGGAUCUGUACGACCUGCUGUCCCUAUCGCAGCUGCCCGUUGCUUCCACUCAACGCCUAUCACCAUGGCGCAACACCCAAUUGCUACUUUGAACGAGGAGCUCAUUCCUCGGCUGCCCCCCUCCUCUCCAACCCUUUUCGAAGCAAAGAAGAAGAAGAACCUAUCUUUCGAAGCCAUUGCAAAGCACGUCGGGCGCGAUGAAGUUGCAAUCGCCGCUCUCUUCUACGGACAAGCCAUGGCUUCCGCUGAGGACAUCAAGAAGCUAUCCGAAAUCCUAGAAAUCGACGCUGGGCUGCUCGAAUCGCAGCUCGGAGGCUUCCCCAACCGAGGCAGUACGCUCGACAUGCCGCCAAAGGACCCUACCAUCUACCGCCUAUACGAGAUUGUACAGAACUACGGACAGGCGUACAAGGCGGUUAUGCAUGAGAAGUUCGGUGAUGGCAUCAUGAGCGCUAUCUCGUUCAGCACCAAGGUAGAGAAGGAGACGGAUGAGAAGGGCGAGUGGGCAAAGAUUACCUUGAGAGGCAAAUGGCUGCCAUACUCGCGAUUCUAGUGGCAUUGUAAGGGGAAUCAAAGAUGUGACCCAUGCCAAAUAUAAUACCUCUUGUAAUUGUGAUUCUUUGUGUCCAUUCUCGUAACGAUUGCGUCUUGUUCUGUUCGACUAUUGUCUCAUUCUUGUAAUACUGCGAUCCUUGCAAUGGAGCCAUGCUCUUGGUUCGGGGUAGGUUUGUUGUUGGUCCACGGUGCAGCUUCCUAGGUGAGAAUGCAAACGCACCGCUCUUGCCCAGAAUCUCCCUCACCUGUCAUUUCUGCCUGGCUCAUGAUCACACCGCUAGCUUUCUCCUCGCUACAUAUACACCCCAAGCUAUAAGAUUCCUUCCUUCCAAGACCACCAUCUUUUCUGCAUUCGCUCGGCCAAGACCAAGCUCUUUCUUUAGUACACGGUCAACCAAAGCAAAGGUCUCUCACUCUUGAGAAAAGGCUUAGUCAAAACUCA